UGCAGUGUGAGUGAUGUAUCCAUGAAGUCGUUACUACAAAGAUGGCGGAUUUCCUGCCCUCCCGGACUGCUAUAGUUUGUAUUCCCAAUUGUCUCCUCUCCAGCGGCGAAAUUGAUCAAAUUAGAAAGUCUAAGGAGAUCGACAAAAGCCUGUCUCGAGAGAAGACUUAUGUGAAGAAACUGGUGAAGAUCUUGCUGUUAGGAGCGGGCGAAAGUGGCAAGUCAACUUUCCUCAAACAAAUGCGCAUAAUUCAUGGGCAGGACUUCGAUCAGCGGGCCAAAGAAGAGGUCCGGGCUACAAUCUACAGCAAUGUUAUCAAAGGUGUUCGGGUGCUGGUGGAUGCCCGAGAGAAACUGCACAUCCCUUGGGGAAACCCUGAGAAUCAGGCUCAUGGGGAGACAGUGAUGGCCUUUGACACUCGCUCAUCCCUGAUGGCUGAAGGAAUGAUGGAAACGAAAGUCUUUUUAAACUUCCUUCCUGCCAUCCGUUCCUUAUGGCAAGACAGCGGUAUUCAGAAUGCAUAUGACAGACGAAGAGAGUUUCAGCUGGGGGAAUCUGUGAAAUAUUUCUUGGACAAUGUGGAUAAACUUGGACAAUUGGACUACUUGCCCAGCCAAAAGGAUAUACUUCUGGCUCGAAAGCCCACAAAAGGUAUCCACGAGUAUGAAUUUGAGAUCAAGAAUGUGCCUUUCAAGAUGGUGGAUGUGGGCGGACAGCGGUCAGAGCGCAAGCGAUGGUUCGAUUGCUUCGACUCGGUGACCUCCAUCCUCUUCCUAGUGUCAUCCAGCGAGUACGACCAGGUGCUCAUGGAAGACCGUCAAACCAACAGGCUCACGGAGUCGCUCAAUAUCUUCGAGACAAUCGUCAACAACCGCGUCUUCGCCAAGGUCUCCAUUAUUCUCUUCCUCAAUAAGACAGACUUGCUGGAAGACAAAGUUAAGACUGUGAACAUCAAGGACUACUUCUCCGAGUUCACAGGGGACCCUCAUAACCUGCAGGACGUGCAGAAGUACCUGGUGGAGUGCUUCCGAAACAAACGCCGGGAACAGCAGCAGAAGCCCCUGUACCAUCACUUCACCACUGCCAUUAACACGGAGAACAUUCGGCUCGUCUUCCGUGACGUCAAAGACACCAUCUUGCACGACAACCUUAAACAGCUUAUGUUAUAAUGAAAGCCUUCAGGAACAUUCCAUUUUAAUUAGGUAUUUACUUUAUUUAAUACAAAGGACAAGUGGUUCAAUACAUAUUGUGGUUGAAGAAGAAACAAAUGGAUAGGAUAAUUUUUUUUGUCGUUUUUGCAUAAUAUUACAGUCAUAUAAUGCAAAGGAUUAGAUAUAAAAGCAACAUUUUUUAAGCUGCUUGUAGCCAUAUUAAAUACGCCAAGGAAAUGGUCCUCAUUUAUUCACCUAAAUGCUGUAACUCUGAUCAUUUACUGUAUGUUUGUGAACACAUUUUAGUUCGGAACUGUUUAACACUCCUAUAACCCAUAAGCUAACACCCCUUAUUUUGGUAAAGCUUUUCAGAUGUUAAAUCUGAACUCAAAGUUAAUGUUACUUUGAACCAAAGAUAUUUGGUUCAAAAACAAGGUGAGCAUUUUUUUUUUUUUGGUGGGGGCGGAGGGUCUGGCUUGGUUGGUCUGGUUAAAGGCCCUUUUGUUGAUAGGAGAACAUAAUUUCACUGCCUUUGUCUUCCAAUAAUCAAAAAGCUGUUUUUAUUGCCCUCAGACAAUAAAACUGUGCAAUUAAGGUACUUUUUAUAUAAAGUACUUAUUUGUCAUUCAUUCGUAAAGGGAAAGUAUAUUUGCCGUUUAAUUUUGUACAGAAUGUAUUUCUGUACAUUCAAUUUCAUUUGUCCUGACAUUUGUAUUUUACACACUAACCUAAUACCGUAUAAUUGUUUUCUGAAAGCCCUGAAAUGUUUAGUUUGUUUAUGAAUUUACUUUUUCGAAUGAGAAAGUGGCCUUGUGUCUCCUGUGUAGGUUAUAGUGGACAGCUUUAGCUCAGGGUUUUUUAAAUGACUGUUAAAGCAGUCCAGAUGGUUUUGUGUAUUGGUUUAAUACAGACAUCAUGUUUUUUUUUUUGGCCCAAUAAAGUCACCUUUGCCUUAAUGUCUGUAGAUCAGCUGAUAGCUGAUUUGAUACAAGCCAAAUUGAAAUGUGUUGAUGGAGAGACUAAGUCUUAAUGUAAUCUUAAUGACAGCAAGCACUGUAAUCUGACUGUUGGUAGUAAAUUGAUAUUAAAUCAGACCUUACAUAAGGUCUUUGUUUAUAAAAUCUGUAAAAAAUUAUUUUGUUUUAUUCAAAAUUCUGUGUGUCUUUGUCAUGGCCAUAAUCAAAUGCUUUUUGUAUAGUGUGCUUUGUUGGUUUUUGGAUCACAUUUGUGUAAUUGUGUUUAUUAAAUCUGAUCAUUUUAUCAGAAA